UGGCCGCUUGCGGUGGAUGCAAUGUCGGGGAUUUGGAAAUGAACGUGUGCGUGUAGACCUGUGUGUUUGCGUGUGUGUGUGCGUGUGUGAUGGCGGUGACACAUCUGUUACAGUUGUGUGUCUGUCGACCGGCAGCGUGUGCGACACUCCGAGUGCACAGGAGCUGCAGGUAUCGCCAGUUGUAUCGGAGCGACUGCAAGUCUUCGAGUCGCUCAUUGAAAAACAAGGCAUUAAGAGGGUGGAAGCUUCAGAGAAACCCCUCAGCAUUCGAUUGGCUGAUGGCCGGACGGUGAAGGGAAAGGCAGGAGUGACCACACCUCUCUUUGUUGCUCAGAGUGUCCGGGUGAAGGGGGCACUGGUGAGUAAGGUGAAUGGGGAGCUGUGGGAGCUUGGACAGCCCCUAGAGGCAGACUGUGAACUACACCUUCUGGGGUUUGACACAGUAGAGGGGAAACAGGCAGCAUGGAGGACAGCAGCGUGUGUCCUUGGCGGCGUGUUGGGGGGGGCCUUUGAUGCCGAGGUUUGCAGAGAAGGCGCGUCAGAGUUUGGGUUUUACUGUGAUCAUCUGAAAGAUAAGAGUGCCUUGUCUCUACAUGAUGUGGAGGACAGAUGUAAGGAAGCGGCAGCUCUCAAACUCCCUCUGUCCAGACUUGAGCUGAAUGUAGACGAGGUGCGAGAGCUCUUCCAGAGCAGUAAUUUGAGACUGCAGCUUGUUGAGGAGCAGAUGAAUGGCCCCAACGUCGCAGUAUACAGAUGUGGAGACAGCAUCGGGGUCUGCACCGGCCCCCUCCUCCCACAUACCGGCUUCCUCAAGGCCUUCAAGAUGCUCCAGCUGUCGCCCGUCACCCUGGCCAAUCAGACGGAGUCUUCAGGUCUGAUGCGUCUGUUUGGCGUUGCCUUUCCAGGAGAGAAGGACAAAGCUGAGUGGGAGAAGGAGCAGGAGGAGGCGAGGAGGAGGGACCACAGGCGCAUCGGAACAGACCAGGAGCUGUUCUUCUUCAAUGACGUCAGUCCAGGCAGUUGCUUCUUCCUGCCGAAAGGAGCCCACAUCUACAACAGACUCACUGACUUCAUCAAGAGUGAAUACCAAAGGCGAGGCUUUACCGAGGUCAUGACCCCCACUCUGUACAGCACUGCAUUAUGGGAACGCUCAGGCCACUGGGAGCACUACAGCGAGAACAUGUUUACUGUGACGUCAGAGGGCUCUCAGACCUACGCUCUCAAACCCAUGAACUGCCCUGCACACUGUCUCAUGUUCGAGCAGCGAGUCCGCUCGUGGAGGGAGCUUCCUCUGCGAUGGGCUGAUUUCGGGGCGCUGCAUCGUAAUGAACUCUCCGGCGCACUGGGAGGUCUCACUCGUGUUCGCCGGUUCUGCCAGGACGACGCUCACAUCUUCUGCACACCUGAGCAGCUGGAAGAAGAGAUUGUGGCCAGUUUGGACUUUGUGAGGAGUGUAUAUCAAGUGUUUGGGUUUUCUUUCCACUGCCUCCUGUCUACUCGUCCCACGCCGUGCCUCGGGGAGCCUGAACAGUGGGACAGUGCUGAGCAGCAGCUAGAGAGGAGUCUGCAGCACUUUGGUGAACGUUGGGAGUUGAAUGCAGGAGACGGAGCUUUCUACGGACCAAAGAUUGACAUUCAGAUCAGAGAUGCCAUUGGCCGACAACACCAGUGUGCCACGAUCCAGUUGGACUUCCAGCUGCCAAUCAGAUUUGAUCUUCAGUAUGUCGGGCGAGACGGACAGGAGCACAGGCCCGUGAUGAUCCACAGAGCGGUGCUGGGAUCCCUGGAGAGGAUGAUCGCUAUACUGGCUGAAAACUUUGGAGGGAAAUGGCCACUGUGGUUGUCGCCGGCGCAGGUCACAGUUAUUCCUGUAGGGGGCAACAAUGCGUCAUACUCCAAGCAGGUGGUCCGGCAGUUCCGUGAGGCUGGCUUCAUGGCUGAUCUCAGUGACGACGAGGGAGCCACCUUAAAUAAGAAGAUCCGCUCGGCUCAGCUGGCUCAGUACAACUACAUAUUUGUGGUGGGUGAUAAGGAGAGUGAGAGCGGAACAGUGAGUGUGAGGAGCAGACGGGGUAAACAGCUUGGGAGGAGGCCAACGGAGGAGGUGCUGACGUCCCUCACACAGCUACGAGACACAAGGAGCAACGUAGACGAGUUCUGAGGAAAACUUUCAGAACUAAUGAGCCACUGAUGUAAUUUAAUGUUUGUUUUACAUGUUAAAACUGUUGCACUUGAGGUUUGUCUGAAGAUUCGUCUGAAAUUUAUAAUAAAGUCAUAUAACUAA